ACGUGUGACUAAAGACUUUAAUGGUACUUGCGAGUAUGAAAUUGAAAUUAUGAAAUAAGCCUAUAAAUAGGACAGCCCGUCUCAUUAAUUUUUCAAGAUUUUUCCGGUCAUAAUCAUUUGCUGAGCACGGAAGAAUGUGCGGAAUUAAAAUCACAUUUCUGCUAAGUCUAUUGGCUAUCUACUUUGCCCCACGGGAAAUAGAGGCCCAGGCCACUCUAAAUGACGAUUGGAGCACGUUGAGCAAAUGCACUCAGGUGUGCAUUGGAACAUUGACCAGUUUGUCCAUCAAAGUUAUUCCAACCGUCUACGAGCUGAAAAAAUGCUCUGGGUUCGAUGUCUUGCCUCCAUCAACUGGAAAACGAAAUAUUACAUGGUACUUAAAGACCACUUACGAGUUUUUCAAGAAAAUUGUUUUCGAUGAGCCACAAUGUCUGCAAGGACUUCUGACCAAAAUUGCUCUGACAAUCAAACCGUUUGCAGAGCAAAUAAACGAAUUGGGUUGCCUGGAUGAGGCUGAUUAUAUCAUUUAAAAAGCAACGUACAUACAUUUUUCUUAAAUAAAUCGAGAGCUAUAGAUUGUCUCAAAUUUCAGUAAUAAAAUUAUAUUUUUA